AUGCAUGGCUUUUAUGGAGGUAAAUUCCCGCCAGCCUGGCAGGCACCCCCUCUUGCCAACCACUUCAGGAAGCUUCCUUCCGUGUGGCCAGAGAUUUCUAUGGGAUCCCAGCUGGUGGUUAUCGGGAAUAAAUACGAGCGGGAAUACAAACACGCACCGUUUGACGCCUGGCAGGUGAUCCGUGAUGAAAAGGACUUGGGAGAUUAUGAGGCGCUGCAGCAGCGGUUUGGGGAGAAUCCACGGUUCCAGAUCAUGCAGAACCUCCAGAAGCGGUGGCCAGGAUUGAGUUUCAACGAUGUGCAGUUCAGGAUGCUAGCAAGGAGUGCGUGUUUCGUGAGUGUGCAGGGAGGGGGCUGCACACUCCAGAGCUACUUUGGCGGCACCCACCUCGUCUAUUUUCGUGAGGGGCAUGAGUUUGAAAUCGGGGCUUACGAACGGAUUUAUCCUCGGCUGUCUGGAGUGAAGUUGACGGUGGUAACCAGCUAUAAGGGGCUGGAGAGGAAGGUGCACGGGAUGAUUAAGAGCAACAACUGCUUUGCACAACUGCAAUAG